UAGUAUGGGUGUUCCUAGCUCUAUCCAAAGUGGACCCACAAAACCUCAGCACUUUUGCUCUUUCCUCUUUCUACAGGACAAAAGUUUCAAUUUUUCGACCAGAAAUCCCUAAUUCAGCAGAAAAAAGCAUCCAUAUUUUUUUUCUCUCUCAAGAAUUUAUUCUUCCCUAUCUUUUUCUGCUGCUGAAUGAGUGGAUAUCUAUUGCUUCCUUGUUUGUUUUUGUGCUGAUUUUUCUCUUCAAAAAGUGCCAAUUGGGAAAUCUUUUUCUCUGUUCUGGGUUAAAAUUUAUCAGGUCGGUUGAUUUUUGGUUAAGCUAAAGAGUUGCUUGUUCCCGAGGAAGAUAUCAAAGAUUUUCGCUUUUGGGUGUUUCAAAAAGUUGAGGUAUUUGUCAACUUAUAAGCUGAUUUUUCAUUUGGGGGAAAAAUUUGAGUUACUUCUUUUCUGGAUUGAAUUUUUCUUUGAAAAAGCUUGAAUUUUUGGUUCAUUUCUUAUCAUAUUAGAACUGCGUUUCAGAAGUUGAAAAGAUCAAUAUAUUGGGUUGUGUUAAGUCAACUGAUUUCAAUUUCUGGGUUUUCUGUAGUUUCUAGAUUUUGGGUUUAGAUUUGAGGUUUUUAAUUGGGUGAUUCAAUGGGAUAAUUGGUUUUUUUGAGUGAAAUUGUGAUUAUUUUUUGAAGAAAAUUAUAUAGAGAAGUGGGUCAAAGAAAAUGAAGAGAGGGAAAGAUGAUGAUAAAAUUAUGGGACCUAUGUUUCCAAGAUUACAUGUUAAUGAUACUGGAAAAGGAGGUCCAAGAGCACCUCCUAGGAAUAAGAUGGCACUCUAUGAACAGCUUACUAUCCCUUCUCAGCGCUAUAACUCUGGUGCUAUGCCACUUCACCAAAAUAACAGCAACACUACAGCUCCUUCUACCUCAACAACUCAGGGUACAAGCCAUGAACAAAAUAUGUACUUCCCUCUUUAUCGAACACAUACAGCGUCAUCUUACGAUGAGGUUCAAGUCAGCCGCCCGGAAGCUGUGGAAUUGAGUAAUCAACUGGCACAGGGAGAGACUCAAAAGCAGCCAUUGGAAGAAGAUGAUUUUAUGGUCCCCGUUUUUUCUCAACCUGGAACUAAGCCAUGUAAUGGUAAUACUGAGACUAGUAUGCAUGAGGAAAGACGAAAUCAUUUGGGGUCAAGUCAUUCAAAUGCACUUCACUGUACUGGUGAAAAAGAGACUGACAAGAGUAAUAGAGGAGACCUCGUCUCGAAGCAGCAAACACAAAACCAAGAUGGGAGAAGUUCAAGAGUAUCCAAUGCCUUCACAAGAUACUCAUCUGAUACAUUGAUGAGAGAAAAGGAUGACGGUCUUUGGAGGAAAGAUGCUUUUGCUGAGAGUGGAUACCAGGAUAAGUACAGAAUGGGCAUUUUCGAGAAAACUGAUGCCAGUUUACGACAGGACCAUGAGGACGAUGUAUCUGCUAUAGAUGCUACAAAUGGUGUAGGUGUUUCAGACCAGCAAUUGGAGAGCCCUCUCCAAGAAAUCUCCUUGAGGCUGAGUCAGGGUCAUGGUCCUCAUGUAGGACAUCUUUAUAGGGGUGAUAACAAUAUUGAUAGUAGAAUGCAGAGGGUAGAAGAAUAUCAGUCAUUGGAGAAAGAAAGUAUGGAUAAAGGGGAUGCUGUCUCUGAGACUUCCAUGGUGGAUUCUAUAUCUGAAUUGGACAUAACUCCUGAUGAUGUUGUUCGGAUAAUAGGCCGCAAACAUUUUUGGAAAGCUAGAACUGCUAUUGCCAAUCAACAGAGAGUGUUUGCUGUUCAAAUAUUUGAGUUGCACAGACUGCUAAAGGUGCAAAAACUUAUUGCGGAAUCCCCAGAUAUGCUACUUGAAGGUAGUGCUUUUGUGGGUAAAUCUUCUUUGAAGGGUUCUUCUGUUAAGCAUUAUUCUCCACAGUAUGCAGUAAAAGCUCUUGCUCAUAAGACUGCUCCCAAGGUUGAUUCCCACAAGGCAACCGAUAAGGUAGAAGGUACGGCUGAGAAUGCAGUUGCUAAAUCGCCUCCGAUUCCUCCUCAAAAUGCUAUUCAGCCUGCAGCCCACCAGCCUUCCUCCGUCAAUACUGUUUCGUCAUUUCCACCAACCAAUAUAGAUCCGAAAAUGAACCCAUGGAGCUUCCCUCAACCAGCUCCACAUCAAUGGUUGGUUCCUGUGAUGACCCCUUCAGAAGGUCUAGUAUACAAGCCAUAUCCUGCACCCGGAUGCAUAGGCCCAGCUUGUGGUGGGUGUGGACCUGUAGGCCCGACACCUGUGAUGAAUCCAUAUGCAAUGCCAACUCCACACUAUCAACAAGGCAUGGGAAUGCCACCAGGCAUGCAUUUCGGAGGGCAAGGUUACUUCCCUCCAUAUGGCAUGCCCAUAAUGAGCCCAAGCGUAUCAGGCUCAACUGUGGAACAACUGAACCAGUUUUCAGGCCCAAACCCAUAUGGUCAAACCGGUCAGCCUGUUGGGACCAGUGUCAAUUUUGGCAGCAUGCAACAUCAAAGCUCACUGCAUAUGCAUCCCAGUCAAAAGAAUGGAACCAUCGCAUCUGCUGCGAGACCCCAACCCCCUAAAGAACGUGAGCUGCAAGGAAGCACAGCAAGUAGCCCUAGUCAGAGAACACGGGAAACAGGUACUGCUCUCAUGGGAGGAAGAGAUGCACUUCCUCUUUUUCUUGCGGCUCCAACGACCCAGAUCUCCGGGGGCUUUCCCACUGAAAAGCCAACUAGAGUAAUCAGGGUUGUUCCACAUAAAUCUACAAGGGAAUCAGCAGCACGAAUCUUCCAGUCUAUACAAGAAGAAAGACGGCAGUGUGAGUACAAUUAGUUCAUGUUUAUUGGGGUUGACGAAUAUGAUGAUUCCAGUCGAUUUAAUCCUCACCCUUUUGUGACUUUGAACUGUUCCUUUUUUUUUUCUUUUACAAAACAUGUUUUAUAACAUACUUUGUAAUUUUUGUAUCGUGUAGAAUCCUUGUAUCCUAUGGUCUGGUUAUAAGGUUGCUAAUGUGUACAUAUUGUAUUUCCCAAGUUUAAUCGAUGUCAAGUAGUUACUUCCGAAUGAUGUAUGUAUCGGUGUGAUGCGAAACACAGCGCCUAGCCUCCUACUGUACUAGAUUCUUUGUUGCUGUAACUGUUGUAAGUUAGAUGUCUAAUGAAGACUUGAGCCAAGUAGGGCUGUUGUUUCUUUCCCUCUUCCUCACUUAGAGGCAAAAAGACCAAUGGUUGGACUUGUCAUAAUAAACUUAUAUGUUCUUUUUUCA